CAGAGUGUUCACUCCUUAACAGAGAGACCGCAAAAAAAAUUAUGGAUAGAUAUGGAGCUUUGAUUCUUAUUGUCUUCAUCUCCGUCUCUCAUCUUGUUACAUUCUCAACGGCUAGAAAAGUUCCAGGAGAAUUGUUACCGGUAACAGAUGGCGACAUCAUCUCCGGAAAGGUAUCUGAUGUCUCCAAGACGGUCAACGGGAAGCUGGCCAGGGUGGUGGGGUGCAAAAGCGAAGAUGGUCACUUCACGGGGAGAUAUUCGUCUUCUCCAGGAGUCUAUGUAGCCGGAAUAUACGGGUCGUUGGUGUUAAACGUUCUUCCAAAAGGGUCAGUUCCGGCGUCUGGACCCAGCAAGAGAAUUAACGACGUCAAGACUUAACAGGAUUCCUGAUCAUGACUUAUUAUAGAGUCUAUAGGUCAUGUGAAAUAUUUUUUUCCUUUAGAUAUUCUUUAUUUUAAAAUAAAUUAUAACUUUUUUACUAGAACUGUAAAUACCAUACUCUAGAGUCUACUCUAGUACGUAUCAUUUAUAUAUUACAUGUUGGCCUUUAAGCCUUUUAAUUUUAGGGAUUUGUACAUCAAUACAACUUAUUUUAAAUUUUUCAAAAUGUUACGUAUUAUGAAAAAUGACACCUGCUAUAUCAUGAGAGGCAUUUUUCCUUAAUUUUAUUGUACCAUUGUGUAGUAUUUUCUUGUUGUUUACUACAUGAGU